UGUUACAAAUGGAAAUGGCGGAUUUACACAAAUGUUAGUAGGUGCUUCAUACAGUAGAACCAAGGUCAUCAGGUUCUCCAUUACAAUAGUUUGAUUUAAAUUUUUCAUAAUUAUUAAGUAUAAUAAUUAAAUAAUUAUAUCUAUAAAUAUGUCGAGAUCCGUACGUGCUGAGACCAGAAAUAGAGUUAAAGAUGAUAUCAAAAGGGUAAUGCAAGCUGUUGAAAAAGUUCGCCAUUGGGAAAAAAAAUGGGUAACUAUCGGUGAAACGACUAUGAAAAUUUACAAAUGGGUGCCAAUAUCUACGAAUGAGCAAAAGAAGAAACACGCUGCUAAACGAGAAAAUAAAGAAAACACCUUAACACCUAAAAAGAUACACGAUUCAGCGAAUUCAAACUUUGCUAUUGCCGAAGACUCCAAUACGUGUUUUUCUACAGUUAGUGAUUCUCAAGGUGCUACAGAGUUUACCUCAACGCAUAUGAACUUUUCUGAAGAUUCCAACUCCCAAAGCAGUGGUACCACAACACCAGCCAAGAGAUUAAAAACUGACUGAGAUAAAUUAAAGUGACAAAGACUUUUAACAGUGAAGUGUACAAGUUUUAAGUUAACGAGUGUAAUAUAUGAGUAUGUGUGAGCUAUUGAAUGAUUUAUUUAUAAGACAAGAUUUAAAGACAG